AUGGAGGGAACGCAACAAGCAAACAAGAGGCCAGCCUCACCAGGAGGUUUGCCAUACACGACAAAUCAUGAGAAGGGACAACGUGUUGAAGGGGCUUCUUCUUUUCCCACCCCAGGGCCGGCAACACCUGAAGACGGUGAGCGCCAGCCAAAGCGCGCGAGACUAUCUCCUUUGCAAUUGGCUACUCUGGCGUAUGAAGCAGAGGGCUCGGCUGAGAAUGGAACCCGAGACGAGGUGAUGGAAGAGGUUGAGGAUGGGGACGAGAACGAGAGCGAGGAUGAUACCCAAGAUGAUGUUGACAAUGUUCCACAACUUCCAGAAGAGCCAGGAUGGGUCCCACAAAUCGAACAGCGCGACAUCAACUGGGCCGUCAGUUUCCCGGAAGAUCAGGGAGAUGAAUACCCUGAAGAACUCAAUGAGGAAGCCGACAUGCAGAAAGCCGGCAAAGAAGAGCGGAAGAAAAAAUAUAGGGCGAAGGGCAGCAACAAGAAGAAAUCGACCGACAAGAGGAAUAAAAAGAAAACAAACGGUCGAAUUAUCCAAGAUAAGAGCCCACUGUUCUGGCUUUCUAGGGCAUGGAAGGAGGAGCACAAGCUGUCAGAAGUUCCCUCUGUGAUCCGAUACACCAUCUGGCGACAUCUUCUCAAGUCCAAGGACGGAAUCUAUCUGGAUCGCAACAAGCGACCAGAAAGGGAUGGCCGCCAAUACUUGCACUUAGCAAUCAUGUCGACGUGCCGCGAUAUCUAUGCCGAAACACUUCAAGUGCUCUACCGAGAGAAUCCGAUUCUGGUCUAUUCAGAGGAUAUGUUCCAGCUGGAAGAAAAUUGGGCAAAUAUUCCAUUAUAUCCUGGACUGGAAUUGCCAAAAAAGAGCAUCUGGCGACAUAAUCCAUUAGGAGGCGUUGGAAGAUUGGUGAAAAAUGAUUUGGUUCCGGAUCGCUUUACUGAUGAAAGGUUAGUACCUCUUCCUGUCUUUUUUCAUCUCUCCAAAGUGAAGGCCUUGAGUCAUCGCUCAGAUGAAAUCGGCACAUUCCCGCCCGCUUCGCAUCGGUCAAUACUGAUAUAUGGACUAGUUUCGGAAAUUGACUUUGGCGAAAUCAAAUUCAUCCCUGGCACGCCAACAAUCGACUCGAUGUUCAUUGACAAACCUGACAAAAUGAAGGUGCAAUUUUUGCACCUCAUGGGCAAGGUCGACAUCGUGCGAACGUUUAGCCGAAUCCUCGGAAACUCCCCAUACAUCUCUCGAUUGCACAUGACGAUCCAGAUUACCGGUUUGCCUCUCAAUGUUAUCGAUUCAGCAACGGCUGGAGCGCUGAAAGAGGCAGCUGAUAUUGCAACACAACAGCUCGGUGAACAGUUCUUGGCGUUCCAGAGCUUUAGACCAUUGAUGGAUUUGACGAACAUCCAACAAUUCAGACCAUCAAUGUGUUUCUCGUAUGGGGUGGACUCAAAGACAAAAUACAGCCCCUCUCCAUCAAUGAUCGAAACGCUUCAUCAAUGGAACGACGAGUUGAAGAAUAAAUGGAUGCCGCCUCGUGUGAAGAAAUGGUUGAGAUACGUUCUCGAGGCCACGGAACUUCCAAGAAGAGCUUUCCCUCCUUAUACUAUGCCGUUCGAAACGAGACAUUAUGGACUGAAGGCAAAGAAGAUCGGUACGAUGGUGAUGGAUGAGAGAUGUGGUAAAUUGGAGUAUGAGGUUCGAAAUAGAUCUGGGCUUGGAUGGAGUCCAGUUGACUUUGCCGAGGUUGAGAGGCUUGGCAGACAUGGACAUGUCUCCCACCUCCCGUUCGCGUCGUCACCACCACCACCUCUCACUCCUUCAUCCAUCCUGCCUCCUUUCCCUUGUCUCCCAUUAUGUCCUUGCGAUAGCUGUCUUUCUAUCUCGUCAGUACAAGUCUGCUCGUCGUGUCCCAAGCAUUGCGACGACUGUUUUAUCCCGCCAGCUCCUAUAUCAUGGCUGGGCCAGCUCUUUGAAGAGAACGCUCGAAGGAGGAAGGAGAGGAGGGAGGGUGGUAAACGAUGA